AUGCUCUUGUUAGUGUUGUUGGUAACAACAUUUGGCAUGUGGUGCAACGAUAAAGGUAUUGUAAAAUGCUUUGAAAAUAACACACAAUGUAACACUACCAAUUUAAAUGAAGAAGAUGGUAUUCUUUAUAUACAAAAUUUAGAAGAAGUACACAUUGAAUGUCAACAACAAGAAGAUCUUUUUGUGGCAGUUAAAGAGUGUCUUCACGUGUUGUCUGUCUUAUUAAAAAAUUAUAAAAACGAGGUGUUGAAUUACUAUAAUGGGAUCUAUCACUUCCAAAGGAAUACUUUUGAAUUUACUCCAACUCUUAAAACAACAAAAUCCAACACGACUCUUAAAAGUGCAACACCAGACACACUUCAAUGCAAUGGAUAUAACCAAUACUAUUGUUCAAGUUGUGUUACUGGAAGAUCGGACUGUUCUCAAUGCAUCUUGGGUUACUUUUUAACUCAAUGUGGAGAUUGGCCGGUGACUUGUAGAAAAGUACGUGACAACUCAACUUGUAGUUUUGUGUGUGGGAAAAAACAGUGGUACUAUUUGGACGAUAAACUUACUUGUAUGCCACAAAAUUGCCAAACCAUAAAAUCUCAAAGUGGCAUUCUUGUUUGUGGAAAAUGUAAAGCUGGGUUUUCUCAAAAAAACAACUUGUGUUACCCACCACUAAACAACUGUGGAUCUUCCGAUGAUGGUGAAUGUGAACAAUGCAACUCGGGCUAUCAUAUUGUCUACGAUUAUUGUAAUCCAAACAAAGAUGGAUGUGUCAGUUAUAACUAUGGUACAAAAAAAUGUGAUACAUGUAAAGCUGGGUAUUAUAAGGAAAAUGAUGGGUGUACAUCAUGUAACAUGAUAGAGUAUUGUAAUACAUGUAAUUUAAAAACCCGAUGCACAGAGUGUUACGAUGGCUUUGCUCUUAGUAAAUUUACAACAACAAACACAACCUGUAAACGAUGUCCAGACAAUUGUAACACGUGUGCUUUUAACAUAAAUACGAAGAAAACUGACUGCACUCAAUGUAAAGAGAAUUACUAUGUUAGUAACAAGUUAUGUAAUAUUUGUGAUCAAACUUGUGGGGGAAGUUGUGCGGACAAUACUGGUAUUUGCAAGACAUGUUCAAGUGGUUUGAUAUUUAAAAAUCCACUAUCAACAAUAUGUGAACCCUGUCGCAAUUAUGAUCCCAAUUGUGAACAGUGCUCUGGGGUUGAAAGGGCGUGUUUCAAGUGUGAUUUGGGGUAUUACCCAAUCAAUGGAAAAUGUACUCCAUGCCAUGAAACGUGUGUAUUAGGAAAGUGUGAUCCCAAAAAUGGUGCCUGUUCAGAGUGUAAACCUGAUUACACAGUCAUCACAAUUACAAGUCCAUCUUGUCAGAGCUGCACUGAAGCAUUUUCUGGGUGUCAGAAGUGCUCACAAACACUUAGAAAAUGUGAGACCUGUCAAAAUGGUCAAUAUCCAGAUACUUCGAAUGGAUAUGUUUGUGUAAAUUGUGCUUCGACAUGUCCAAAUUGUAAUAGUUCAAAUGGGAAUUGUAUAACAUGUUUAGACAAUUACGUUUUCAAAUCUUCAGAUACAAAGACAUGUGAAAUAUGCAGUUCAUUUGAUAGUAACUGUGUUGCAUGUGCGUCUAAUUAUUCGAGGAUUUGUAUACAAUGCAAAAACAGUGAAUAUUACAUAAGUACAACUGGGAAAUGCGUUCAAUGUGAAGCAACAUGUGCAAGACAGUGUGAUGGUCCGGAUGGGAUAUGUACAACUUGUUCAAGUGGAAACGUCUUCAACGAACCCAAAGAAAAUAAGUGCAUUGCAUGUUCUACAUUUGAUUCAAAUUGUUUAACGUGUGCUUCUGGAGGUGUCAGAGAGUGUGUUAAAUGUAAUACAAACUACUAUCCUUCAACCUACACAUUGAAAUGUAUUCAAUGCAAUUCCACGUGUAGUCAAUGUGAUCAAACAACAGGUCGUUGUACAACAUGUGAUGCAUCAAAAGUAUUCACAUCUCCUCAAUCAGAAGUGUGUGAAAGUUGUCAGACUUUUGAUCCAAAUUGUAAAGAAUGUGUUGCAGGAGGUGAACGGAAGUGUUCGACAUGUAACGUAAAUUAUUACCCAGAUAAGACGAGUGGAAUGUGUGUAUUAUGUGAUAAUACAUGUGUUGAAGGUGGAUGUGAUCCAUCGAGUGGUAUUUGUAAUACUUGCAAAGAGAAUUAUGUGUUUAAAAACCCAAAACAAAUAGAGUGUGAAUCGUGCACUUCUUUUGAACAACAUUGCUCCACGUGCUCACCCGAUUUUAGUAGAAAAUGUGUGAUUUGUAGUGCGGGUUAUUACGUAGAUACUUCGAAUAAUAAAUGUAAACAAUGCGAUUCAACAUGUGGUGGAAAAUGUGAUGGAGUCAGUGGAUAUUGCACGGGUUGUUCAACUGGGUAUGUACCAACGGAACCGACAUCUUUGAUAUGUGAAAGUUGCACAAGUUUUGAUAUCAAAUGUUCGAUAUGUUUAAGUGGUUUUGAAAGGAAGUGUUUCACGUGUAAAACAGGCAAAUACCCAGAUGAAAUUACAUAUAAAUGCAAAGACUGUGAUGAAACGUGUGGUACUUUAUGUGAUGUGUCAAAUGGUUUGUGCAAACAAUGCAAAACAAAUUAUGUCGUCACAGAACCGAUUUCUAAAGUAUGUAUAUCAUGUAGAUCUUUUGAUUCACAUUGUACAACAUGUGCAUCAGAUUUUACUCGAAAAUGUGUAACAUGUGAUAAUAAUUAUUAUCCGGAUGCAUCAGGAAGAUGUGUUCCAUGUUCUUUGGGGUGUUCCACGUGUAAUUCUCAAAACGGGACGUGUCAAAUUUGUGUUCCAAAUCACAUUUUUGAUACAACGGAUCAUACAAAUUGCAGUGAAUGUUCAACACUUUCAAAAUGUGUGACAUGUCCAAUUGAUUUCUCAAGAAAGUGUAUUGCUUGUCAAAGUAACAUGUAUCCAAUAGAUGGAGUGUGUGCCAAUUGUCACACCACAUGUGGAGGAACGUGUAAUACAGAAAAUGGCGAGUGCACUGGAUGCCAAAAUGGGUUUGUAUUUUCAGAUACAAAUCCAUUGGAAUGUGUUGCGUGUCAAACCUUUGACCCGAAGUGUACCACCUGCUCAGAGGACUUUACAAGGACGUGUAAAGUCUGUAAUGUGAAUAAUUAUCCACAACCAAAUGGGAUGUGUGGGGAAUGUGAUACUUCAUGUGGCGGACAAUGUGAUACAUCAAUUGGUAUUUGUACUGGGUGUUCUCCCAAUUUUGUAUUCAAUGAAGUGAAGGGAUUGACAUGUCAAAAUUGCACCUUAUUUGACCCGAAUUGUAAGACGUGUAACACUAAUUAUGAAAGACGCUGUACUGAAUGUCAAAGUGGGUAUUAUUUAGUUGGCGACAAAUGUGUACAAUGUCAUUCAACUUGUGGAGGUAAAUGUGAUCCAACUAAUGGGCGUUGCACUGGGUGCAUAUCAAAUAACGUGUUUUCUGAUGAUCAAAUGACGUGUAUACCAUGUAACCAAUUUAAUAGUGAUUGUACAACAUGUGCCUCCAAUGGAAGUCGACUAUGUGAAACGUGUACAAACAAGAAGUAUGCAUCAAAUGGAAAUUGUGUAGAUUGUUUGGCAUCCUGUAAAGAUUCGAACUGUGAUGGGUCGACUGGAAUUUGUGUGACGUGUGCAAACAACUAUGUGAAUGUGGAAAGCAACAACGGGAGUUGCCAAAAGUGUUCUGAAUUUGAUUCAAAUUGUAAGUUGUGUGCAAGUAAUGCGGACAGGAAGUGUGUUGAGUGCCAAGCCACCUAUUACCCCAAAACAGUUAGUGAUUAUCGAUGUCAAUUGUGUGAUGAGACAUGUGGAGGACUAUGUGAUACACGGAAUGGGUAUUGUAUUGGAUGUUUAUCGAAUCAUGUCCUUUACGAGACAGAAACAUUGACAUGUCAGAGCUGCACUGAUUUUGAUGCACAUUGCACUCAAUGCUCAUCACAAUUUAAAAGAGAAUGCAUGACAUGUAAUACUGGAUAUUACCCGGACCCAAGUACUCAUCGAUGUAUACCUUGUCAUGGUACAUGUGCAACUGAUAUGUGUGACACGACAACUGGAAUUUGUAAACAAUGUAUUGAUAAUUACGUGUUCAGAGAGAUUAAAAGUGUUGAUUGCGUUCAAUGUGACUCUUUCGCGCCGUGGUGUAAGACAUGUGCGUCCAAUUCUUCGAGAAUAUGUGUGGAGUGCAAACCCAGUUAUUACACAAAUCCAUCAACACAGAGAUGUCAAAAAUGUGACACAACAUGUGGAAAUAAUUGCAAUGGGGUUACUGGAUACUGCAUUGGGUGUUUAAAUAACUUUGUAUUGAUCAGUGAGACUUCUUUGACAUGUCAGAAUUGCUCUUUAUUUGAUCCAAAAUGUGUGACAUGUUCAAAGACGUUCCAAAGAGAAUGUGUCACGUGUACCACUGGCUAUUACCCAAACGAAAACACCAAAAUCUGCAAGAGUUGUGGCUCCAAUUGUAAUUCUCUGUGUAACACGGAAAGUGGCGUGUGUUAUGGAUGUCUUACAAAUCACGUUUUUGAAAAUGCGACACAGAUGAAUUGCAUUCCGUGUAAAACGUUUGACAUUCAUUGUUUGACAUGUUAUGAAGACUAUUCGCAGAAGUGUAAAAUAUGUGAUGUUGGGUUUUACCCCAAUGAACAAUUUCGAUGUGUACCAUGUUCAACAAUACAAAUCAAUUGUAAUUCGUGUAAUCAAACACAAAAGGAGUGUUUGCGGUGUAAAGAUCCGUAUUAUUUGAGUUCACCAUUGGAAUGUAAUAGUUGCCCGACUGGAUUUUUCAAGUCGAGUGAAAGUGGGUGUGGCGAUUGUAAUGAGAAAAUCACCAAUUGCAAACAGUGUGGAACUGUCAGUGUUGGCAACGCAAGGUGCUCUUUUUGUUAUUCUCCGUAUGUGCCAAAUGUUGCAGGAAAUUGCAUCCUAUGCAGUGAUAGGACUUUUUAUACAUAUACAAAAGAACUAACGAGAGAGGUUGGGAGCUGUCAGGCUAAUACAAUACAAAACUGUGUAAAACAAAUGAACUCAACGACAUGUGUUUUAUGUGAACACCCGGCUUUCCUUUCGGAAGGAAAUUGUGUCACAACGAAGAACUGUUUGAGUCCGUCGACAGUGGUACAAACGUCAUGUGACUGUUCGGAACAGAUUUCAAUUAAUUCUGAUUGUGUUGCAGUGGGGAGUGGCUGUAAAUAUCAAAAUUCGACGAAAGGGAAGAACUACUGCGUUCAAUGUAAUAACAAUUAUCGAAUGAAUACACAGAAAGAGUGUGUUAAAAGUAAUGAAUUAACUGUUUUAAAUGAUGUGAAUUAUCAAUGUAGAGAUGGUCAAUAUUUAGAUCGUAAUAAUAUGUGUCAAGACUGUGACGCGACUUCAAGUAUAUGUUUACAAGGAAAAGAAAAGGUGGAGGCUUUAAAGUGUUCUUCUCGAUAUGUAUUAAAUACUGAAAGAAACGAAUGUGCUUCGGACUCAGCUUGUGCGAGUGUAUCAACUGAUUUUUGUGAGAGAUGUCAAGAAGAAUCGUAUGAGUUAAAUGAAGGGAAGUGUGUGAAGUGUUCGACAUUAAACUGUAAGUAUUGUGUUGGGAACAAGUGUUUGAAGUGUGUUGAAAACACAUUAUUGUAUGAGGACAAUCGCUGUAUAUCAAAAGAAGAGGUGAAUUGUGUCAAAUCGAAUUCAUUUGGAUGUGUGCAGUGUAAAGAUCAGUUCUACACCUUUGCAGAGAAAAACAAAGAAAACAAGUUUGACUAUUGUCUUCCCAUUUCAACGACUUUAUUCAGCAAUUGUAAACGAAUUCGUUUUACUACAACACCAGAAGACGGCAAAUGUAUUGAGUGCUUAGAGUCAUACAAAUUAAAGGAAGGGAAGUGUGCUGAAUUUUAUGAAGAAAAAGAUGAGAAUUUGACAUUAAAAAUGAUGUCAGAAAUGCAUUUUAUUCAAGAUAAUACAAAUAAUAAAUAUGACCCAAUGAAAGGAAUAGAAAUGCAAGAAGUGAACACCACUUCUGAAAUCAAAUGUGAGAGUCGAACGAACAAAGGGUGUCAACGAUGUUCUGAUGGGUAUUACUAUAAUAACUUAACUUCUGAGUGUAACAAAUGUGAUGAUUUAUGUGAAACGUGUUAUAAUACGACAUACUGCUUAUCAUGCACAUCAACUUCUUUCCUCGAUUCUACAAUGGUCUGUAAAUCACUUGGUAAUUUAAUUUCGACUUGUCAAACUCCUCUUCCGACGGGAGGUGGAUGUGCAAUAUGUAAAGAUGAAUAUUUUAAAGUAGAAAAGGAUUGUUUGAAAUGUGACAUGUCUUGUGCGAAAUGCAGUUCUAUUGAGUCGUGUUUGGAGUGUGCGGAUGGGUAUUUCAAAUUUAGUGGAGAUUCGAAGGGAUUGUGUCGACAUAAUACAACUCUUUUAAAUUGUUCCAAAGUUGUGUUUGAUGGGUGUGACACAUGUGAUGAUGGAUAUUUUGUGACAGUGGAUAAGCACUGUCAGAAAUGCCCAGAAAACUGUCAGUUGUGUGAGUCCCAAGAAACGUGCACAUUGUGUUUACCCACCGACUAUGUUCUUGUCAACUCUAUGUGCCAGUUUUAUUCUUCAGUUGAAAAUUGUGAAGAGGCGAAAGAUUCUAAAUGUACUCGAUGUAAAGGGUCACAUGAACCUUCCACAGAAGGUGAUUUGUGUGUCCACGUCGUUAAUUUAGGUGUUGCCAUUGGCGUUCCUCUUUCGCUGAUAUUUAUUAUAUUAGUAGUGAUUGCCACGAUCAUAAUAGUAGUUUAUUUAUUGAUGAUGAAAAAGAAGGAGAAAGUGCAAUUACAGAACAUCUGUGUCUUUGAGAUGUCCCGUUCUAAUAUCCCGAUGAGUUCAUUAAAUAAAGUGAUGUGCAGCAAUAAAAAUGUCAUUCAUUUUGAUUUAGAAGACGACGGACCGAUUCCAGUUGAUGCAGAAAGUCGGGAUUUGAUAUGUAUUGGGAACACAUCAAAACAUAAUAUGAAGGUGCAAUUUAGUGUAUUAGAUGGGUGUGACUAUUACGAAAUUCGAACAGUGCCUUCCCUUAUUUCAUUAAAGAAAGGAGAAGCGUGUGAGUUUGAGAUAUUUAUCAAGCCAUUGUGUUCGUGUGAGUUUGAAGAAUAUAUAAUGGUGAUUGGACUUGAUAUUAAGACUGGAGUGCAAUAUAAUGAAAAGAUUCGAAUAGAGAAAAAGACUGAGAAUUCGACGAAAUUGAAUUACAGAGAAAUUGAAGAACACAAGAAAAUAGGAGAAGGAUCUUUUGGAGUUGUUUUUAAAGGCGUUUUUCGAGGGAAAACUGUUGCGAUUAAAAAGAUGAAAAUAUCGAAUACGACGAAACAGCAAAUUGACGAGUUUGAGAAGGAAGUGUCGAUGUUAGAUAAGUUCAGGAAUGACUAUAUUAUUCACUUCUAUGGUGCUUGCUUUAUCCCUAGUCAUAUUGAGAUGGUGACCGAAUUUGCACAAUAUGGGAGUUUAGCGGAUAUGGUGUUAGAAGGGAAGAAAGAGAGUUCAGAGGUGUCACUGAAGAUCAAAAUUAAGAUGAUGACGGACGCUGCGAAGGGGAUUCAAUAUUUACAUGAGAAUGGGAUCUUACACAGAGAUAUUAAACCGGACAAUUUACUUGUUAUUUCGUUGGAAGAGAAUGUGAAGGCAAAUGCAAAAUUGACUGAUUUUGGAUCAAGUCGAAAUAUUAAUAUGCUGAUGACUAAUAUGACCUUCACGAAAGGAGUUGGAACACCAAAGUAUAUGGCUCCAGAGGUAUUAAAUAAGGAGAAGUACAAAACAUCAAGUGACGUCUUCUCAUUGGCAAUUACUAUGUAUGAGACACUCAUUUGGGGAGAAGCUUACCCGAAGAAAGAAUUCAAAUACGCGUGGGCGAUAGCAGAUUUUAUUACAAGCGGGAAAAGAAGAGAACGAACGGAACAGAUCAGAGAGGAGGAAUACCAAAUUCUUAGCAAAAUGUGGAAACAAAAACAAGAGGAAAGACCGACUAUAGAUAAUGUCAUACAAAGUCUUGAAGAUGUAAUUCAAAAACUCUGA